AUGAAUUUCUUUGGCGCCUUCUUUGCGCUCGCCAUCUGCGCGACCUGUGGAUUAACCCAAGCGGAUAUAUCACUCAAGCUCCGGCAGCAGCAACAGCAGCAGCAGCAGCCGCUGAUCACCAAGGAGCAGUACUACAAGACGGGCGGCUUCCAGGAGAGCAAUUACGGCAACUCCGGCUACCAAAUCUUUGAGGUGCACAACCACUAUCAGGGCAAGAACAACGCCUAUCUGCCGCCCCACCAGGAGGUCCAUAAUGGGCCCCCUCUGGACGACAGUUUGGAUGUGUCUUUCCUGAACUUUGCCGAUCUGGGCCUGCAAUCGCAUGCCCAGGCUGCCCCAGUAGCUCCAUCUGCUGCCCCCGUGGCAGUCUCUGUCUCUGCCCCCGCUCCAGCUCCAGUUCCAGCCCCUGCUUCCGUUUCCGUUUCCGUACCCUUCCCUUCAAGCUAUCAGCAUAACUUCCAGCGUACGCAGUCCCAGGCUGUCGCUCAGUCUUCCUCCUCUGUCUUUGGCGCCCAGCCCUAUCUGCCCCCUACAUCGUCCACGCCCAUUGUCCAGCCACAGCAGCAGCAACAGCAGCAGCAGUACCCACAAGAGAGCUACGAGGCUCCAGGAUACUUGCCCCCUGUCACCGCCACGGAAGUUUCAAACCCAGAGACCAACUAUCGGGCACCCGACUAUCUGCCUCCCACAGCCUCCUAUCCGCAACAGCAGCAGCAGCAGCAGCAGGUCUAUAGGGCUCCUGCCUACCUACCACCUCAGCAGCAAGUGCAGCAACAAGUGCAACAGCAAGUGCAACAGCAAGUCCAGCAGCAAGUGCAGCAGCAAGUGCAGCAACAAGUGCAGCAGCAAGUGCAGCAGCAAGUGCAGCAGCAACAGGCACCUGCAGUAGCACAGGAAUAUAAUGCACCUGGAUACCUGCCACCUGGCUACGACUUCGAGAAUCCCGAUAGGAUACCACUAUCGCUGAUACAGUCCCAAUCUGUUGCUCCUGUACAGAAUGUUGCUCCAGUUCAGCAAGUGGCUCCGGUCCAGAGUGUGGCUCCCGUUCAGCAAGUUGUAGGCGACUACCGUGCUCCUGACUAUCUACCACCCGGAUACGAUGAGCCCCAGCCUCAGCAGCAGCAGCCACAGACCCAGACGAACAUCAUCUACCAGCAGCAGCAGCAGCCUCAGCAGCAGCAACAAGUGUUUGUUGCAUCCAGUCAGGCCAGUGUUGGCCCGAGCCAGCCCGUGGCCCUGCCUGACGGCUAUGACUUCGUGAAGCCCGAGAAUUCAGAGGCAGCCAUUGCCGAGCUCCACAGCCUGCAGACCCAGACGAAAUUGCUGAAGCAGCAGCAGCAGUUGCAACUGCAACAGCAACAGCAACAAUUGCAGCAGGUGCAGCAGCAGCAGCAACAACAGCAGCAGCAGAAACAGAUUGUGGUCCAAUCUCAGUUGCAGGUAUCCACGCAGCAGCAGGGAUCCGAUAUUAUCUAUGGCCGACCAAAGUCGCAGCAGCAGCAGCAGCAGCUGGCGACAGGAGGAUACCAGGUGCAGCAACAAUACACUGCUCCCGGCUACCUGCCACCGUCCGGUGCCGCCGUUACUCUGCAGGCUCCAGCUCCAGUUGCCAUUUCCAUUCCACUGCCUUCUCCUGUACCGGCUCCCGCACCCGCUCACGCUCCCACGCCUGUUGCCAUUGUCCGUGCAACAUCGUCCGCCACACAGCAACAGUACACGGCUCAAGGCUACUUGCCACCAGUGGCUAUUGCUGCCGCUCCAGCUCCAGUUGCAUCCCCACUGCCAGCUCCUGUCCCGGCUCCAGCACCAGCUGCAGCUCCAGCGCCAGUUGCCAUUGUCCAUGCCUCAUCUACAGCCACGGCUUACCGAGGCCACCAGCAACAGCAACAGCAGCAGCAGUACAACGCUCCUGGCUACCUGCCCCCAGUGGCUGUUCGUGCUCCAGUGACACCUGCACUGCCCGCGCCGGCUCCCACCCAGAUAACGCACAUCCAUUCGCUGAGGAGCUACAUGAACACGGUGCAGCCAUUCGCCCGCUAUGCCCAGCCAGUGGCUGUCCGCCAGCAGCAGCAUCAUCAGCAUUACCAGCACCGCCAACAGCAGCAGCAGCAGCAGCAGCAGGUGUUCGAGGUGGCUCCCAUGUACCGCGAGCAGUCGAAGCGUCCCCGUUUCUAUGCCCCGGCCAUGUCCUAUGUGAGCAACGCCCUGCCUCGUCAGCAGCACCACCUCCACCACCAUUAUCAUCGCGUGGUGCAGGCACAGGCACAGUCGCAGGUGCAGGUGCAGCCCCGGCCCCGGCCCCAGGUGGUCACCCAAAAACUGCUGCCAGUCGGACCUGCCCCCACUCUGAGCCUGAAGGCGCAGCAGUCGCUGCAGAGGUUCAUGCCCAAGGAUGUCCAGGUGGCCGUGAACGUGGCUAUGGCCGCGGCCCCCGUUCCCUCCCCCCACCGCGGCAGCUCCCGAGUGCGGACCGUGCAGAUUGUCAAGCCGCAUGCGGUGCGCACCUUCAAGGUACUGGAGACGAUCGACCAGGCUGGCGUCAAGACGAUCAAGAUCCUGGGGGCCACCAACGAACAGCCCCAGGGGCAUCAUCACGUGGUCAAGGUGGUCACCCAGGAUGCGCACAGCGGCACCGAGAGCCACGUGCAGACGGUGAAGAUCUACGAUGACCUGCAGUCAUAUGCCCAGCCGUCGGGAGCCUACGGUGGCCUUCGACUGGCGCCUCAGGCGGCACCCAGAAGCAAUGGGUACCUGCCGCCGGUCGGAGGACCCCGUCCCAGGACCCGCAUCGUGCGACAGACAUCAGCCUCAUCCUCAUCCUCAUCCUUCGGCAAGACCCUGCGCCUGUUCCCGGUACCCAGGGGGCUGUGA